GAGAUGCUUUUGAUGGUCUCAGCCGGCGAUAUCGCUCCGUUCGUGGUCAGAACAAAACCGAGAAGCCAUUUCAAUGACUCAAUGUGCUCGUUUUGAGGAGCAAAGGAGACGUUUCUGUAGGAUUCUCAGUCCGGAGACGUGAUGUCUGCCAGCGCUCGUGCCCUGCUCUUAGUAUUGCUGAGUGUGCUUCAGGCAAAUGGCCAGACGGAGAUGAAGAGGGUGGUCGGAGACAACGCCACGCUGCCUUGCCACCAUCAGCUGUGGCAAGCCGACAUCUCCCUGCUGGACAUCGAAUGGAUGCUGCAUAAAUCCAGCUCACGGCAGAAAGUGGUGAUCACAUACUUCGCCGGUCGGAUCUACGACCCCAACGAGAGCGAAGCUGGGCGGCUGUCCCUGGCGGGAGACUAUCUAAAAGGCGACGCUUCGCUCUUGAUCAGCGACCUCUCGCUCACCGACUCCGGAGAAUACAUCUGCAAGGUCAAGAACGGCGGGAAGUACUACUGGAACACAGUCAAACUCAUCGUACUCCUGAAGCCAUCCAAACCACGUUGUUGGAUGGAGGGUCGUCUGCUGGAAGGAAGUGAUGUCAGACUGAGCUGCAAGUCCACGGAUGGCUCCGAUCCAAUCAGCUACAAAUGGGAAAGAGUUUUAGACAAAGGAAAGUACGCUGGCAAGCUGCCACCUCUGGCCCUCAUAGAUCUGAAGAACCCUGAGAUUGUGACAUUGAAAAAUCUGACGAGGGAAAGCGCGGGUGUUUAUAAAUGCACCGCCAGCAAUGAUGUCGGAGAAGAAAACUGCACUUUAGAGGUCAAAGUUCACUAUGUCCGGGGGAUGGGUGUGGUGGCCGGCGCUGUGGUGGGCGUGUCCUUCGGCGUUCUCCUCAUCAUCCUCAUCGUCUGGCUUGUUUUCCGCAAGAAAGAGAAGAAGAAAUACGAGGAGGAGGAGGCACCCAAUGAAAUAAGGGAAGAUGCAGAGGCUCCCAAAGCCAAACUGGUGAAGCCGAACUCUCUGUCCUCCUCCCGAUCUGGUAGUUCUCGCUCCGGGGCCUCCUCCACUCAGUCUAUGGUGCACAACAGCGUCCCCCGUGGGCCCAGGCCUCGACUGCCUGUCGUGGCUGCCCUCAAAGAAAGCGGGCAGCCCGAAAACUUCCCUCCGGUCCCACCGCCGUACAACCAUGUGGUUCCCAAACCUCCAGAGCCCGGCAGUAGCCCCAAAGCCAGCCCGGCGAAGCUCAGCCCGGGGAACCUGGCGAGGAUGGGCGCCACACCGGUGAUGAUUCCCGCCCAAACCAAGGCAUUCCAGACUGUGUAGGAAUAAUAAACGCCCUGAGCAUACACACAAACAGAUAAACACACGCACCGCACCGAGCAUCCCACAUCUGGUAUCAGGAACAUUCCCGAAGGAUUUCCCAUUCCCUGCGGAAAACCCAGGUGGUCAGGCCUUUUGAUUCAACAGCUAAUAAAUGCUUUUGUCGUUUUUAUGUGCACGCUGAAGUGGAAGAAGGCCCCUUGUGGAGUGUAAAGGGUAAAGACAGAGGAGAAAAGCAGGGUGGGGGGGGGGUUUGGAUGCGGUGGGCUGCGCCUUGUGCUACGAUGAUGGUUUGAGCAAACAAAAGAGGCAGAUAUGAACAGAGAUACAACUCUGCCUUUACCCAGACAGACAGCCUGUCUACCUGACCGCACACUUCCUGUCCUCGCUGGGUUUGAACUGACAGCUACAGAACUGGAGGAGAAACUCACAAAAGCGGACUCUUUCCGGCACCUGCUCGUCCGCCCCUACGAGGAUUCACAUCUGCCACUCAUUUCCUCGGCCAAUCGGCAUCCGCCAGGUGGCCCAGUGGGCAUCACACCUCAACAGCCAAAGGCAGGUCUCCUGCUGGGCACAGACGCCCGCGAUUGGCCCAGAAUGAGGAGAAAUCGACACACUACCACAUAAACAGUGACAGUACAUUUCUUUGUUCUUCUUUAAAGCUAUAAAUGUUCCGUAUGAAUAGACGUAUUCCAUAUUUAAGAGGUAUGAAUAGGAAUUCCAUAUAUUUCAGUUCAUUCGUAAUGUGUGUGCACAGUCCCUUUAAAUCAUUCAGGAUCAUUCUAACAGUAUCUUCAGUAAUGAGGUUGAUGGUCUCAGUGGAAAAAUGGUUUGGCUCCGCUUUGAUUCUCGGUCUUCGCGAUUAAAAGCAGAUGCCUGGUUGGUGCAUCCUGUUGGAUGCAAUAGUGAUGAGGUUGGGUCUGGCUUAUUCUAUGCUGGUUUAUACGGAUUUAAAGUGUCUAAAUGAUUAUGAUGAAACCGAACAAGCAGGCCCACACACAAUUAUGCAUGCAUGGAAAAAUCCAGUUUCCUGAAGAAUUCGAAGGGCUGCCAUUCACAAAGCUCUGCAUUGGUGGUUCUCAACCAUAUGAAAUCAUUUUACAGUUAACCAAAAUCCCUGUCUAUAUUAGGAUAUUUCAAUUGGUAUUCCCGUUUUUUCAGACGUGAACUUCACGACACUAGAACAUUCUUUCACAGUUAUCUGCUACUGUUCUCAAAACAUGAACACAAAAAUUUAGUUUAGUUUAAUUAGACGUUCAUUAACAUUUCCUUUUUAUAUUAUGAUUAUUAUUUAUUUAUUUUUUUUUAAAUAUAAGUAGUUCUUGUUUCAGAAUGCUGAGAACCUUUGAGAGUAAUGUUCUCAUGUUUGUAAAAUUAUCAAAUUUGACAAAAUGUUCCCUUAACAUUCCAAAAAAAAUAUUUAGAACACAUUCAGAGAACGUUCAGAAAUAAUAUUUUUACAACAUGGAACAAAAAUGUUUUUAGAAAUUGUUGCGUUAACUCGGUUUCUGCUGAAAUUACGAAACUUUUUAUUAGUGUAAACUGGAAAUGUUGAUAUAUUAGAUGUAAUUAUUUAACCACAAUUUGUUGAUCCGGUUCCAGAAAAAAAAAAAACUGCUAAAUUCUAAUAUGUUCUUCAAUAAAAACAAUAAUUAUUCAGAAGGAGACAGGCAGUUUACAGUCCUGUUUCUCACAAGAGUGUUUUUAGUAUUUUUAUUGUUAAUUUUAAUUGUUUAUAUAAUUCUAAUAAAAAAAUCAUCCUGUGACCACUUUGGACGUUUGCUGAGGCCACUCAACCCUUCAUUUUUGUGUGUAUGUUUAUUUCGUAUAUUACGGUUAAUUUGCAAAUGCUUUCAGCUACCAAUAAGAAUGUAGUACUUUUUGCUCACUUUAAAACAUUGCACGUCAUUUUAUUCAAAAAAUCAAUUGACAAAAUGUAAAACAAAAUCUGCUAAUUUUGUCUGGGCCUGUGAAUGAGCUUUGAAUGUGUUCGAUAGCUGACUAUUUUGUUAUUUUCCUCAUUUCGACAGUUAAGUUUUAAGAUUUAGUUUUAGAAAAAACACAUUGUAACUGCAGUAGGUUAGAAGCUUUAAAUUCUCGAGUGCGGAUUUUUAUAUACGUGAAUCUUUUUUGUAUUCUACUAUAUUCGGGUUGCUCUAAAGCCAUUGCAAAUAUAUUUUCUCUAUUUUUCAGUUGUUUUCCCCUCUUAGAUUUCAAUGUUUGAUGUAUUCAAAUGCUCAGAGAGGCAUUCAUACCCAGACCCAGCUGGAAAAAAUGUGCUUUUUGAGUCCACAUUAGUGAACAGCAGGGGACCGUAACAUGGAUUCCUCCCCUCGAAGAAACAUCCUUGUUAUUUACGUCUUCAGAAAUGAAUUAGAUGGACGAACAAGAUGUCAGAAAAUAUUCAAAGUGACAGGUCACCCUUAAGGACAGAACAAUGUCUUCUUGCCGGAUAACCGGGGAAUAAGCGUCUCUGCGUGGAACAGGACUUAGAUGCCGAUGCUGGAAGAGGUAAAGGAACCAAAGUCUGACCUUAUUUAUCUAAAUCCAAUUCUUCACAACUCUUGAGGCCAGUGCAAAAGUACACAGAAUGUGCGCCGGUUCCAUUGAUUUAGCUUCAACCCCCAGCCCGGUCGAUGAAGGCACAGGGAAACUGAGAAAAUGAAGUAAUAUUAGUCGGAGUGCUUCCUCGCAAACCCCGCUGUUCCUGCUGUACGGCUGAGUCUGCUGUUGAUAUGUGCUGAGACGCAUGGUUCAGUUGAGUUUGUGUUUGGUCGGUCGCAGCUGAACGGUUCGAAUGCUGAGCUCUAAUGUUAAACGCCCUGCAUACAAUUGCUUGAGAGAAUGUGCAUCUAAACAACGGACCUGCAUGACACCGAUAGCUAGAGAAAGACGAAUAUUUCGGCUAAUAUCAGUACAUUAUAUACUAAGAAUCGCACUAUUAAAGGGUUUUGGUUGAAAUGUUACUAAUGUAAAUACUUUUUUGUAUUUAUACGUCAUUAUACCGGAUAAACAUCGAAUGAAGUCAUCCUUUGCACUUCUACAGCUGUGCUUCUCUAUACAGUAGUUUUGUCUGGUCAGUCUGGUGUUUUGACUGCAUGAGUAAGGAAACCAUUUCCCUCUGUUGCUCGGUUUUUGGGUUUUGUUUUUCUUUUAACAUUACCGGCUAUUAUUUGAUAGCGAAUUACAAGAGAAAUUGUGCAUACUUCCUUUCUGCAUUACAAAUGUAUAUUUGUACAGUAUCUUAAUGAUUUUCUGUUGGUUUGUAAUAAAGCAUUCAGUGGCAAGGCAAUGAAAA